GUCAAUUUCCUUCCUGAAAGUUUGUAGCCUGUUGCACGCAUUCAAAAUGAGAGAGAAAGCAACGGGCUUUUGGGCAUGCAGGUACAUUUUAAAUACAUAUUUAUUAUUAUUUACCGAGGUUGGUUUUAGUUAUUAUAAAUGUUUCUCAACGCAUAUGGGUUAUGCUACGUCACAUUUUUGGUACGUCGUCGUGCUACGUGUGCUCAUCCAACAAAAUAACAGAACUGAUUCUCAGCUGUGCUGGUUACUGCAAUGAAUGGUGACACUAUCCAUCAGGCGACAACCACAGCUUCCAUUGCAGCACCGUGUGGCUGGAGGGAAUUCUGCGAGUUGCAUGCCAUAGCCACGGCCCAGGAACUAGCCAACCACUACCGUAACUUUGCCAGGGAGCGGCCAGAGCAUGAUGUCAUCCCACCGGACAGCUUCUCCAAGCAGUUCAGCGAGCUGUUCCAGCAGCACUUCCACAGCGAGGUGGCCGAAAAGAUCCCUACAUUGGCCCCUUCACCCAUGAUGGGCCGGCUCCGCAUCACCUCCUCCUCCGGGGUGCAAGACUACCGGGAGGCGGGCCAGCCUGGCGCCCCGGCCCUGUUCACCGUGCUGGACUCAAAGCCGAAGCACGGGGUGGUGGAGCAGCCCCUUCAGUGCUCAUCAGCCAACCCAGGGGUGCGAGCUCGAGCUCCCGUCCGGAGCCACAGCCAGGAGGAGGUGUCUGUGUCGGAGCGGCGGCCUGUGUCUGAAUGGUACACCCCCACCUCACCCUCCUCCGCUGCUGCUGAUGUCACACACUUCUCUGUCAGCCAGAUCAGGCAGAGCGUGCGCUGUCUUCUUAAGGAGCCCCUGCCUCCACCUCAAGACCUGCUGUCGAGAGGGCCGGGGGACAGGGGAAUAGGAGGGACUUUGGACGAAGUGGCGGCCUUAUCGUUGUCAGCGUUGACUGUGAACCCCUCCCCCGAGACCACUGCCUCUGCCUCGUCCAUGGCGGUCCACCUCCUAGACCGUCUGGCCAGCAGGUUUGGCAGUAGGAGUGUGAAGCGCGGGCCGCAGGCUGCGGGCAGCUGCAAAGAGGGGCAGCUGAGGUACCUGGUGGUUGACGACACUAUCUCGGACACGCAGCAUCGCUGGGAGCGCUGCCGCCUACUGGUGAGGAAGAUCAGAGACGGCCUAGCAGGAGAGAGGUUCCAGCUGGAGCUCUAUGACCCCCCCAAGGGCUCUAGUCCCAAACUGACAGUUCAUUGUGCAGACAUCCUGGAGAUCCGCCGCUGCAACCGCCUGGAGAUGCCCGACAACAUGAACACAUUUGUUUUAAAGGUUAAUCACUAUCCAGGUAGUCUCAUAUUUGAGACGGAAAAUAACCAGCAAGUCAGCUCCUGGACAACAGAAAUUAAAGAAUGUAUCAACAGGUCUGGCAGUGUGGAUUUGGAGCUCCUAACCUACCCUGUGGACAAUGCUGCGAUGGCCAAACGGAGAGGGAACUCCGAGUCAGGGAGUCAGGGAACUGCGACCUUUGCCCUCUCGGAGCAGGUGUUCCAUAAGACUGACCACUUCCUGUGUUCAUACCCCUGGUUCCACGGGCCCAUCUCGCGGGUCAAGGCGGCCCACCUGGUCCAGAACUUGGGCCUGGAGGGCCAUGGAGUGUUCCUAGUGAGGCAGAGUGAGACUCGCCGCGGAGACUACGUCCUCACCUUCAACUACCAGAGCAAGGCCAAGCACCUGCGUCUGUCUCUAACAGAGUGGGGUCAGUGUAGGGUGCAGCACCUGCGCUUCCCAUCCGUCAUGGACAUGCUCAGUCACUUUCGCCUCUACCCCAUACCCCUGGAGUGUGGCACUGCCUGUGACGUCACCCUCUCAAGCUUCGUGGUGGCUAACUCCCAAGGUCAGAUUUCAGCGGCUGUUCUGGUUCCCUUCUCCCUGAACUGCUGGAGCUCCGAGCCCAGCCUGGCCCACUGCAGCCCAGCCACCUGCUCCAGCCUGCUCCCCUCAGCAGGCCCCUCUCCAGGCCCCCUGCCCCAGCCCGGACACCCUCAUCUAUACACCGCUCCCCUCCCAGACCUCCCCACCUCUGGUCCCCUGCGUCGGAGCGAGUCGGUGGGCCGCAGACCCCUACUGCGUCACCCCAACCCCCACCCACCCUUUACUCAGCGAGACUCCGACUACGAACUGGAGCCAGACAGGGGCCGCAAGCGGGCCAUCGACAACCAGUACAUGUUCCUCUGACCGGCUGACUCCCUUUCUCCCUGUCACAGCCGGCCCAGAGGUCACCGCAAAACUCCAAGCAAAUGCCAGAUGGACUCAUGAGUGAACGUGUAUGCCCAAGUUGAGGUCUGUUUCAUGGUGGGGUGACAGAGUUCAUUAUGAAUGUAUUUUUAGGAAAGUGUUUUAUAUUGUUAUAUGAUUAUUCUCAUUUUAUAAAGCGGAUGUCGUUGUUUUAAGGGAUGUUGCUACAUGGGAGUGAGUGGCGCUGAUGUGGAAGGUCUUCCCUCAGGCAGGGGAGCGGGGCACCCUCACUGCCUCUCCCUCCCCUUUAAUAGGGGUCUGUUUAAGGGCCCUGAAGCGUUGGGCAACACUCCUUCCCCUCCACACACACACUCCAUUUUAUAGUGUAUUCUAAUGAUACCCUGUGUAUUUGAAAUGCACACAUUCUGUAUUUUAAUUCGCUGGAACCUAACAAACUGUAUGGAGCCUUCCACGUAGGUUUGGUUCAGUCUCACUGUUGGGGUAUGUAUUGACGUUAAACCUCCCGAGACGGGACUGAACCCCAUAAAGAAAGAGGUUGGGAGGGGACACACCCUAUUCUAGAGUCCCUGUUCCCCUCCACAGCCUCGACUCUCAAGAGUUGUGCACAGGGCUUAUAUAACACAUUUCACACAAUGUUCGUGAUACAACAGUUUGUCUGCCCAAAAAUGUUUACACAACCAUUGUGCAAAACUCUGUUGUAUCACAAGCAUUGUACCUGUAUUGUACAACUUGAAUGUGUAUGGGGCAAAAUAUUAGCAUGUUAAUUUCCUGUUAGCAUUAAAGGCCUUACCUUCAUAGCAUUAACUUCUUUCAUCUUAACAUUGUUCUCUCCAGCUCUACGACUCAAGGACAAAGCUGGACCUUUCUGAAGGCAUUUGUUUUCUGCUAGUUAAAUGUUUCCCUUCUAUGGCUUCUUAAUCAGCGAGCUCUUGAAAGAGACAAAUGUCACCAAAGAAAAUGUGAGGAAAAGACUGCACUCCCUUGCUUUUACUAAGAACCCUCGUGUGCAUGGCCCCUUAACACAUUUUAUGUAAGCAACCAUUCUGGUGUACAUUUUUGUUUAUUAAUUAAACUUUCUUUAACAUACCAGUACCCAUCACUUUUCCUCUAUGGACAUCUUCUUUCCCUUGCCUAACACUAACUUAGCAGUGAAACCUUAAUCAUUGAGUUGUACAGCUUACCCCCUAGAAGUCCUACAGUGUUUAUUUCUUAUCAUAGAAGGGCUUUCUGUUUUUAAGAAAUGCACAAAGGCAUGUUUAUUUCCUUUUUAAAUGACCAGGACAUCGACUUGCCCUGAAAGGAGAUGUCUUUUUCAUUGCAUGACCCAGCUAAAAAUCUAUCAAGGAAUUUUACAAUAGUUUUUAAUCAGGUACCUUCCGAUAUUGAAACUGACUUUGUCAAAGGUUAGACAAUUGCAGACAAGUAUGGUUUGUUUCCUGUGCUUAAAUUGAAACUAAUCCCAAACCCCAAUCUGUUCUGCAAAUGCGUAAGGAAAGCAACGGUAUCAUUGACUUAUCAGUCCCUUUGACCUGUAGCCAGAAAGACUAUGCCUUGCCUGAAAACUGCUGUUGCUUUGAACCUCAGGGCGUGAUGUGUUUGAACUUAGUGCAAUAAAUGAGGUAUUUCCAAUAAUUUAGCCUAUUGCACAUUGAACGCUUUAUAUUAUAGCUUAACCUGUACAUUGUCUUUGCACUCAAUCAUAUUGGGAAAACAAAUCACACCAAGAGUUCUGACAAGCUUAGUGCAUUCCACUACUGUACAGGUGAAGAGUGAGCAACACCAGUCUGUCUGCACAUAUCAGGUUAGUUUUAUACUCCAAAAUGGCCCCAACGUACCUCAGGCCCAUGUAUUAGAACAUUUGCUGACAUGCAUUUAUUUUGCCCGGUCAGUCAAGCCAUCUGACAUUGUUCAAGUUCAACUGAUUUAAUGUGUCUUCUCAAUACUGUUAUGUAUUAGCACUAAACAUUCCAUUAAACCAAAGCUUUCCAUCUGUCAA